UUUAAAAAAAAAAAAACUCAACUGGAAAUUCUAUUUUUCUACCAAGAGGAGAGGCGAGGCAAGUCCUGCCUGCUCGCUCGCUUUCCUACCUAGCGAAUUAAGAAAUUUGUUUUUGCUCGAAGGUGAAAAAAAAGAAAUGGUAUUCAGUGGUGCUGUGAUGGCGGCUGCAGUCGCUUCCCCGUCUCCUUUGUUUUGCUUUUCGGUAGCCAACCCUAGCCCCUUCUCCAUGUCCUUUACCUUCAGGAGGGCGGGUCGCUCAACGAGGAGGAGUUGUCAUGCUACAGUGAAGGCAUCGUCACGUGUAGAGAAGUUCUCUAAAAGCGAUAUUAUAGUAUCUCCAUCUAUCCUAUCAGCAAAUUUUUCCAGGUUGGGCGAGCAGGUAAAAGAAGUGGAGAUGGCUGGAUGUGAUUGGAUCCAUGUUGACGUAAUGGAUGGUCGUUUUGUCCCCAACAUCACCAUUGGUCCUCUUGUUGUUGAUGCUCUACGGCCAGUUACUGAUCUUCCUUUGGAUGUGCAUCUGAUGAUUGUAGAACCUGAACAACGAGUGCCGGAUUUUGUUAAGGCUGGUGCAGACAUUAUUAGCGUACAUUGUGAACAAUCUUCCACUAUUCAUCUGCAUCGAACAAUUACUCAAAUUAAAAGCUUGGGAGCCGAAGCUGGGGUUGUACUAAAUCCUGCAACACCGCUAAGUGCCAUAGAAUAUUUGCUUGACGUGGUAGAUUUAGUGCUGAUUAUGUCAGUUAAUCCUGGUUUUGGUGGUCAAAGCUUUAUUGAGAGUCAAGUGAAGAAAAUAUCAGACCUUAGAAGAUUAUGUGCUGAAAGGGGUGUCAAUCCAUGGAUCGAAGUGGAUGGUGGAGUUGGUCCCUCAAAUGCGUAUAAGGUUAUUGAGGCUGGUGCUAAUGCUAUUGUUGCGGGCUCUGCAGUCUUUGGAGCUAAAGAUUAUGCGGAAGCAAUAAAGAACAUCAAGACCAGUAAGAGACCUGAGACAGUGCCGGUAUAUAAGAAAUGAGGAAAGUAGAAUACUUGUUUCCAUUUGUCCCAGUUUAGUUUGCCCAAUGAGGUUAGCAUGCAUUAGCUGCUAACCAUAUUCAUCGACUCAAAUACAUUAAUGCAGAUUAAAAGAGUUUGAUUAUUAAAUUUUUUUUUUU